CUCGCUGCUUGUCAUUCACUUUUCCCGCAAUUACUGGCGACGUCGACGCGGCAACCGCGGACGACGACAACGACAGCGACGAUGGCGGCCCUCAUUGACAAGCUGGAAGCAGUGCUUCCCCCCGGUCUCGCCAAGUUGGACGCCUUCCCCAAGCUCCCCGGCACGUACAAGGCGCGCUCCGAGUCAAGAGGGUUCCUCACUCUCUUCGUCGCCUUCAUCUGCUUCAUCCUCGUCUUCAAUGACAUCUCGGAGUACAUCUGGGGCUGGCCCGACUACGAGUUCAGUGUGGACAGGCAUUCGUCUUCGUUCAUGAACAUCAACGUCGAUAUGGUCGUGAAUAUGCCGUGCAGAUUCAUCAGUGUAGAUCUGCGGGAUGCAGUUGGCGAUCGCUUGUUCCUCAGCAACCAUGGUCUUCGCCGCGACGGGACAAAAUUCGAUGUUGGGCAAGCCACGAAGCUCAAGGAACACGCCAGGGCCCUCUCCGCCCGCGAAGCCGUCGCCCAAGGCCGGAAGAACCGCGGACUCUUCUCCGGACUCUUCGGCGGCAAGUCGAAAGACCUCUUCCCUCCCACCUACAACUACGAGCCCCAUGGAAGCGCCUGCCGCGUUUGGGGCUCCCUUGAGGUGAAGAAAGUCACAGCAAACCUCCACAUCACAACUGCCGGACACGGAUACGCGAGCAGGGAACAUGCAGAUCACAAAGUCAUGAACUUGACACAUGUCAUCUCCGAAUUUUCCUUUGGCCCUCACUUCCCCGACAUUGUACAGCCCCUUGACUAUACCUUCGAGGUCGCCAAGGAUCCCUUCGUCGCCUACCAAUACUACCUCCACGUCGUCCCUACCACGUACAUAGCCCCACGCUCCGCCCCGCUGAGCACCAACCAAUACUCCGUCACUCACUACAAAAAGGUCUUCGAGCACAACCAAGCCACCCCCGGCAUCUUCUUCAAAUUCGACAUCGACCCGCUCGCGAUCCAGAUCCACCAGCGCACGACCUCCUUCGCGCGCCUCUUCAUCCGCGUCGUGGGUGUCGUCGGUGGCGUGUUCGUCUGCGUGUCCUACGCGCUGCGUGUCACUACGCGCGCCGUCGAGGUCGUCACGGGCGACGUUGGCGGGCCCGCGCUCGACACGGCGGAGGCCUCGGGCGCGAAGGUCGGCCUGCGCGCGAAGUUUGGCGGGAGCGAGCUGAGGGCGCGGUCGCGCGUCGUGCGGCAGGGCUCGGGAUGGACGGUCGAGGGCGGCAGCAACUACGGCGGCGGGAGCGUGCCCGCGUCGCCCUUCCCCGGCUCGCCGUUUGCAGGCGGCGCCCCGGCCUCCCCAUACGUCAACACGCCGUUCACGCCCUCCUUCGGGCCGCGCACGCCGUCCGGCGGAAGCACCUUCGGGCCGCAGGGCAUGCGGCGGCAGUCGAGCAACCUCAGCGGCGCGCAGGCCCCAUCGAGUCCAUACGUGCCCGCAAGCCCCUACGUCCCGACGCCAGGCUCGCAGUACGCCCCCAGCCCGUACGCCGGCGCGCAAAGCCCCUUCGUCGGCUCGCAGCAGCACCUCGUCUCGCCGCAGCCGUCGUACGAGAUUUUCCCGCCGACGCCCAACCCGCCAAAUGGCAGCGGGAGCUUCGCGUCGCAGCAGCAAGCGCAUCCGCCGAAGCCGCCGAAGAAGGAGGAUUGAGGGGUGUGUGUCCCUUGACAGUGCUCUUCUCGGCAUUGUGUGGAAGUUGUCGUUGGGUAUGGGAUAGCCGGACGAGCAGCACGUCGCUCGGUCGCAUACUACCCAGUGUAGUUGUAGGUUUAAUAUGCUUUGCUCUCUAUUUAUACGGGAUAUACCGCAGCUUCCUGGUAUGAAUGGCCAAGCGACGCCAGCAAGGCAGGCCGUGUUACCAGAAUUUGUGACGAGCUUCACUCAUCACGUAGACAACAUCAACAUGACCAUGCUCGGAAACAGCCGAAAUCCAUGGGUAGCAACUGAAUUUCCGGGCACAAAGCGACGAGGGCGUUGGUACAUACAUAUAGAGGAUGAUAAAUACGAGACUAUUUUGUCGUUAAAUAUGUAAAACGUAGUACAUAUGAAGCUGGCCAUCGAUAUUCGUCAGUAUCUCCCCGAGAACG